UGACAGGAAGUUGGGUGACGUCACCUUGUCCAAUACGGAAGCGGUCGUCAUCGUAAAAAACGCCGAACAUGUCGUGGAUAAAGGAGGGCGAAUUAAACCUGCUCGAGAAAAUUUCAGCCAAUAUCCUCAAGGCGGGCCCCAUGCCCAAACACGUGGCCUUCAUCAUGGACGGCAACCGUCGCUUUGCACGCAGGAAGAACAUGGAGCGCCAGGAAGGACACAUGCAGGGCUUCAACAAGUUGGCAGAGUCCUCACUUGUCUUCCAGACACUUCGCUGGUGUAAGCAUCUGAACAUACAGGAAGUGACCGUGUACGCCUUCAGUAUCGAGAACUUCAAGCGCACUAAGGACGAAGUAGACGGCCUGAUGGAACUGGCCAAACAGAAAUUUGAAAGACUUUUGGAUGAACGGGAGAAUCUGGAGAAGCAUGGAGUUUGCAUCCGGGUGCUUGGCGACUUGAAUCUGCUGCCGUUGGACCUCCAGCAACUCAUCGCCAAAGCCGUGCUCGCUACACGAGCUCACAACAAGUGCUUCUUGAAUGUGUGUUUCGCCUACACGUCACGAUAUGAAAUGACCAACGCGGUGAGAGAGAUGGCUUGGGGGGUGGAGCAAGGACUGAUUCAAGCCAGCGACGUGUCCGAGGCUCUGCUGAGCGAAUGUCUGUACAGCAACAAUUCUCCCAAUCCCGACCUGCUCAUCAGAACCUCGGGCGAAGUGCGCCUCAGUGACUUCCUACUCUGGCAGACAUCCCACACAUGUUUAGUGUUCCAGUCGGUGCUGUGGCCCGAGUAUUCCUUCUGGAAUUUAUGUGAAGCAAUUCUCCAGUAUCAAGUCAACCACAAAUCAAUUCAGAACGCACGAGACAUCCACCGAGCGCACGAGGCGUUGCAGCAGCUGGAGGCGGACCGCGCCUCAGCCUGCUCCGCCGAGUACCUGCAGCGCCACGGCAACGGCAAACCCGCCGACGCCAUCCGCAGGCAGGAGGCGUUGUCACACUACGCCACUCAACGCCAAGAGCGAGUUCGUCACUUCCUGGAGGCGCUCGCGCACAAGCGGGACUCUUUCUUUACUGACUUAUGUAGCGGUGUGGCAGCGUAAGAGCGCCUCGUUGUGCACCUCCACCUCUUCUUACAAGGGCUUCUUCUGCUCGGUGUCCAGAAGGGGGCGACAUCAACCCCUAUGGGGCUAUAGAGUUACUGGCAUAUUUAUAAAUGUAGAUUCAAAUGGAACGCGUCUGGUCAAAAUGUAGUUGAAGAUGUUAAUCGUCGUUGAAUGCAUGCUGUGGUUUGUGGAGUGAGCGCUGUGCCGUUGUAAUUCGGUUGAUCAAUGGUAUCAGUGAUGUGAUGUUGGUGACAUAACUAAAUUUUGACCAGUCUUAUCAAGAAAGAUUAAAAUAAUUAUUGAUUGUCAA